CCAGGCGAAGCAGGCUGUGUUGCCAGAGGCAAGAUGAGUUUUUCACCCCGGAAGCACUGCUUUACCUCGUCUCUUCUUUAGUCCCCGUCGAUUAGUCCCCGUCGAUUAGACCCCGUCGAUUAGUCCCCGUCGAUUAGUCCCCGUCGAUUAGUCCCCGUCGAUUACCCCCGUCGAUUAGUUCCCGUCGAUUAGUCCCCGUCGAUUAGAGCCCAUCGGUAGUGCCGCCCGUCGACCAGUGCCCAUCCGUGCGGCGCGGCAGCGGCGCAAUGCAGGGCAAGGGGAGCGGCGCAGCGGGGCUGGCGGGCUCCGCGCAGGUUGCGCCUGCGACGGGCCCCGCCGCGACAACCGCUGGCGGGGCUGGUGGGGCUGGCGGGGCUGGUGGCGCCGGGGGAACGACGGGCGGCGCAGGCGGAGGCAAAGCGAAGGGAACGAAACGCGGAGCAACAGCUGGGGCGGCAGCGAGGCCCAAGAAGCUGUCUAAAGCCGCGGCGGCGGCGGCUGCUGCAGCGGCUGAGAGGCAGGCGGCAGAUGCAAAGGCAGCAGCAGGAGAUGCUACAGCUAUCCCUAUUGGACAGCAGCUGCAGCAGCAGUCACAGCAACAGCACCAACAGCAGCAGCAGCAGCAGCAGCUAGCAAAGCAGCAACAGCAACAGGAGCAGCAACAGCAACAACAACAGCAGCAGCAGCAGCAGCAGCACCAGCCAUUGCAGCACCAGCAGCACCAGCAGCAGGAACAUCAGCAGCAGCUGCAGCAACAGCGGCAUCCGCAGCAGCAGCAACCGAAGCAGCAGCAUAGGCAGCAGGGGAGGGAUGGAGGGAAGGAGGUGGGUGGGACAGAGGCAGAGCGAGCAAGAGCAGCAGCUGCGGGGGGGGGGAGCGCAAGGACAAGAAGGCAGCAGGCAAGCAGGGAGCGCAGGGAGGAGGCGCAACAGCAGGGGGGAAAACGGCUGCUGCGGCUGAUGCUCCCUCGGCCUCAGCAUCAGCAGCGCAUGCUGCAAAGCCCGUCACUGCACCGCCAGCAGGCAUGCCCUCCCACGCAACUCACAGGGAAGCCAUCACAGCCGAAGAAGAAGGCGAGUGCGUCUCGACGCAACACCUUUGACUUCAUUCUCAAGCAGGCCAAGCCCCUCCGCAAGGACCAGCAGCCCCCAGCCCCGGCGCCGCUGCCGCUAGCCACGGCGGUGCACCAUCCGCGGCACGAGGCGCGACUGAGAGGCGUGCUGGGCGCUCUCUUCUGGGAGGCGAGCUCGCGAGCCAUCACCAACCAGAGCACCCCCAACACCUCCCUUGCAGCCCCCAGCAACCAACCAAACCCCCCCUCCUCUUCCCUCACCCCCACCCCCUCUCCCGCGGCCCCCACCAUCCCUGCCUCCACCGUCUCCUCCCUCCCUGCCACCCCCACUGCCAACCACUCCUCUCUCGCCUCUCAACCCUCCUCACUCUCCCACACCCCCUCGCCCCUCGCCCCCUCCUCCUCCUCGCUCGAUCCCCUCUCCCUGCAUAAGUUUUCUGACCUUCCGGGCUCAGGCUUGGGAUUGCCAGGCUUCCAAGCCUUGCAGGGAGGCUCGGCAGCGACAAGCUUGGCAGGAAGGGGAGGAGGGGGAAGCAGUGCCAUGGGCAUGGAAAUGGGCAUGGGAAUGGGCAUGGGAAUGGGCAUGAGCGCAGGCGCAUGCGGUCGUGUGGAUGCGUCGUUCUCCUCUUCUUGCGCAUCCGCAGUCACUCCUCUCUCCCACUUCACCUCCCCUGCUGGCGCUCUGCCUGCUGCUAUGGCUGCCACCACCACUGUCAUGGGCAGCGGUGCUGUUGCCUUGGGCGCUGCUGGUCCUGGCAUGGGUGCUGGCGGUGCUGGCAUGGGUUCUAGCACGGGUGGAGCAGCCAUGUCUUGGCAGACGCAGGAACAGGGCCAGGAGCAGGGGCAGGGGCAGAGGCAGGGGCAGGGGCAAGAGCAAGGGGGGCACGGUCUACCGGGGCUGCAAGGGUUGCAUGGGAAGUUAGGGCAAGGCACAGUGGUGCAGGGGAUGCAGGGGGAAGCAGGUGUGCAAGGGGGUAUGGGCGCGCAAGGGGGGGGGGGCGUGGAAGGGCGAGUCGGGCAUCAGGAGCACAGCCACAGCAAGGGCGCCACUCCUACUGCCACUGCUGCUGCUGCCACCCCUGCUGCAGCUGCGGCUGCUGCUUCUGCUGCUGCUCCUCAGAAGCCCAAGGCUCGCCCAAAGAAAGUAUCAGCAGCUGCAGCGGCAGCAGCAGCAGCAGCAGUUGCAGCAGCAGCGGGGACAGGGGCAGGAGCAGGGGAAGGGUCUGCUGCUCAGAAGCCCAAGCCCAAGUCGAAGCCAAAGGUGUCUGCCAAAGCCAGAGCCGCUGCUGCAGCCGCCGCCGCUGCUGCUGCUGCUGCCGCUGCCAACACCAGUGCUGCUGGAGCAGAUGCUCCUGCUGCUUCUGGUGGUGCUGAUGGCGAUGGUGCCGCUGCUGCAAGUGGACCUGGUGCGGGGAGUGCGAGGAGCAGCGGAGGGGGCAGUGAAGGGGAGGCCGCAGGGAAGGCUUUGAAGGGCCUCUCGAGCCCUCGAACGGUCAGUGAGAAGCAGAGCAGUUUUUGGGAUGGGGCUCAGCUGCAGCAGCAGCAGUUGCAGCAGCAGCAGCAGCAGCAGCAGCAGCAGCAGCAGCAGGUGCAUUCGCCACAGCAACUGCAGCAGCUGGCAGCUCACCUGCAAUCCCAGAUGGGUGCUUCACCAGUGGGUGGCAACGCUCCCUCUCCUGGUGCUCCUCUCGGUGUGCAGAAUCAAGUGCGACAGAAACUGCAGCAGCAGCAAAUGCAACAGCAGCAACAGCAGAUGCAACAGCAGCAGCAGCAACAGCAGAUUCAGCAGCAGCAGCAGCAGCAGUUGCAAAGGCAGCAGGGCAUGCGGCAAAGCCAGCAACAGAUGCAGCAUACACAGCAAAUGCAGCAACAGCAGCAAAUGCAGGGGCUAUCAUCCGCUCCCCACAGCAGCCCACCAGCCCCGGUGGAACAGAGACACAUGUACCAGCAACCACAGCAGCAACCACAGCAGCAGCAGCAGCAAGGGGGUGGGGGGGCGGGGGGGAUGAUGGCCGGAGCAGGUGGACCAGGAGGGCAGCUGCAGGUGCCUCCUGAGAUGCUUCUGCAGCAGCGGCAGCAGCAGCCGGGGCAGAUGGGGCAGAUGGGGCAGAUGGGGCAGAUGGGGCAGAUGGGGCAGAUGGGGCAGAUGGGGCAGGAGGGACGGGUUUUGGGGAGAGGCACGGGGCAGCAGGGGCAGGGGCAGGGAUUGGCAGGAGUGGGGGGAAUGGGGGGGAUUGGAAGCAUGGGGGGAAUGGGAGGGAUGGGAGGGAUGGGUAUGGGUGGAGUGGGGGGUAUGGGGGGCAUGGGGACCAUGGGAAUGGGUGGAGGCAACGCAGGGGCAGGAAGGGCGAUGUCGCUCCAAGGCCCAGGAUCAAUGCCAUCCUCGCAGAUGCCCUCCCAAAUGAGGGGCUUGCCAGCACAGGGCAUGCAGCAGCAUGGCAUGCAGCAGCAGCAAUACAAUCAGCAGCAGCAGGAGCAGCAGCAGUUGCUGCAGCAGCCGUGGACUGCUGGUUUGGGGCAGCCAGGCGCUUCGAGGCGAGCAGGUGCAGCGGGGAUGCAUCAGCAGCAGGUGGGGCAGGGGCCGUCCCGGGCCAUGCAAGGGCAGGGGCGGGGUGCAGCAGCAGGAGGUGGCGUGGAAGAGCCGUUCCAUGCGGACCACCCACCAUCCCGCAUGCCCGUGCCGCAUGCCCCCUUCCAUGCUGCCUCCAACCUGCCCCCCGGUGCUGCCAUGGGCCAAGGCAUGGCCAUGGGAAGUGGAUCGGGCAUGGGCAUGGGGGGAGGCACGGGCAGGGGCAUGGGAGGGGCAGGCGCCAUGGGCAUGGGAGGGGCAGGCAGCAUGGGCAUGGGGGGUAGCACAUCGCUGCUGGCAGGCAUUUCGGACUCGUCCUUGGUGUCAUCCUUCGGUGGAAUGGCGGGGGCAAUGGGGGGAAUGAGGGGCACUGAGGGGGAAGGCGGGAUGGGGAGAGUGGCGGUGGGCAUGGGAGGCAGUGAAAGGGUUGUAGUGGGGGGAGGUGGUCGUGGAGGUGGUGGUGGUGGUGGUGGUGGUGGUGGAGGUGGUGCAGGCAUGGACGAGUCAGCGAUGUUUGCAGGAGAGGACGAUUACGGAGACCUGCCGUGACGUGAUCUGUGCUCUACGCUACUGACGUUCCUACUUAUGGUAGAAAGAACUACAGAUUUGUUUUUGUAGUAAUUUGACAGGUGUUGUAGGAGACGAAGUAUAGAAUCUGCAAACACGAACACUUGGAAAACAUCAAGUGUUAGCCUAGGAACUUUACUGGAAUGGUAGACUAGUAAGUCAGCGGAAGUCUUGUAAAAGAAUGAGUCAAGGUUAAAUAACCUGAUCACAUGAACUUGUGGAUAAUCAAAGUUAAUAAUGGAA